CACCGCCCCCGCUCUCCCGCGCCGCGUUUCCCGGACGCGUCCUGCUCCCGCCAUGGCGCUGCUGGGUCGGGUUUCCUUUGCUCGAGGUCGCGGUCCUCAGCGGUUUUUCAGUUAUGGAACGGAAAUACUAUAUCAAAGCAGUGAUGCUUUUCAAUCUAAAUUCUUUCCACCUCUUCAAAAAGCGAUGCUACCACCUAACAGUUUCCAGGGGAAAGUAGCUUUCAUUACCGGGGGAGGCACUGGCCUUGGCCGAGGAAUGACCAGUCUCCUGUCCAGCCUGGGCGCUCAGUGUGUGAUAGCCAGCCGAAAGAUGGAUGUUUUGAGAGCCACUGCAGAGCACAUUUCAUCUCAGACUGGAAACAAGGUUCAUGCAGUUCAGUGUGAUGUUCGGGAUCCUGACAUGGUCCACAAGGCAGUGUCGGAGCUGAUCACAGUGGCCGGCCACCCUGAUAUUGUGAUAAACAACGCAGCAGGGAAUUUCAUUUCUCCCAGCGAGAGGCUGUCUGCUAACGCGUGGAGAACCAUCACCGACAUAGUUCUGAAUGGCACGGCCUUCGUGACCCUGGAAAUUGGGAAGCAACUAAUUAAAGCACAGAAAGGAGCAGCGUUUCUUGCAAUCACCACCAUCUAUGCGGAGAGCGGCUCGGGCUUUGUGGUGCCCAGUGCUUCUGCCAAAGCGGGAGUGGAAGCCCUGCACAAGUCUCUUGCAGCCGAAUGGGGUAGAUACGGAAUGCGGUUCAACGUGAUCCAACCAGGGCCUAUAAAAACCAAAGGUGCCUUUAGCCGUUUGGACCCGAUGGGAACAUUCGAGAAAGAAAUGGUCCACCGAAUCCCCUGUGGGCGGCUGGGGACCGUGGAGGAGAUUGCCAACCUCGCCACUUUCCUGUGCAGCGAUUAUGCCUCUUGGAUCAAUGGGGCUGUCAUUAGAUUUGAUGGUGGAGAAGAAGUAUUUAUUUCAGGGGAAUUCAACAACCUGAUGAAGGUCACCAAGGAGCAGUGGGACAUCAUGGAAGGACUGAUCAGGAAGACAAAGGGCUCCUAAGACACUCUGGCUUUCAUCUUGGUUCCCAUAGAAACAACACAAACUGACUAUAAUCUCUUGAA